AGUACUUUUGCGAACAGUCGGCCGGCAGCCUCGCUAGAAAGGAGGCAAGUUACAAAGCAAGGCCGAAUAAUGUCUUUACACUUCUUAGGCAGGCGCAGAUGAAAAUGGAAAAAACACAGCUCUCCAUCCCGACAUUGCUGCCCAAGGCCCCGGCAGAUGCACAGACUAAGGCAUUUCUCCUAAGUGAAAGGACUGAGUGAGAUGCACAGCUGACAGUUUCUUCCCAGUUCUAGGCCUGGCUCUGUCACUGACCUCUUUGGUGUAUCCACAGGCAGUCACUUCCCCAUCUAAAAUGGUUUCCUGCAUCCUACAGCUGCUCGGCAUGUCUUGGCUGCUCCAGUUCUGCACGCUCUGACCAUGAGCAGCAAUUCCUCCCUCAGCAACGUGAAGGGCCUGAGGAACCUCACCACGCAGGAAGACGGGGUGGUCAGAGUCACCGAGUCCAUCGCUAUAAUCGUCAUUGCUAUCUUCAUCUGUUUGGGCAACCUGGUGAUUGUUGUCACCCUCUAUCGGAAGUCUUACCUUCUCACACUGAGCAACAAGUUUGUGUUCAGCCUGACCCUCUCAAACUUUCUACUGUCUGUACUGGUGCUACCCUUUGUUGUCACCAGCUCCAUCAGGCGGGAAUGGAUCUUCGGAGUUGUUUGGUGCAAUUUCUCUGCCCUGCUGUACAUGCUGAUCAGCUCAGCCAGCAUGCUCACUCUUGGACUCAUAGCUAUAGACCGGUACUAUGCUGUCCUGUACCCGAUGGUUUACCCAAUGAAGAUAACAGGCAACAGAGCAGUGGUAGCUCUUGUGUAUGUGUGGCUGCAUUCCCUUAUUGGCUGCCUUCCUCCUCUUUUUGGCUGGUCAUCUUUGGAGUUUGACCAAUUCAAGUGGAUGUGUGUGGCAGCCUGGCAUAAAGAGGUUGGCUACACUGCCUUCUGGCAGAUCUGGUGCGCGUUGCUGCCUUUUGUGGUCAUGAUGAUCUGCUACGGAUUCAUAUUCCGUGUGGCAAGGAUUAAGGCCCGGAAAAUCCACUGUGGCAGCGUCGUCAUUGUGGAGGACGAUUCCCAGAGGAACGGGAGGAAGAACUCCAGCACCUCCACAUCCUCUUCUGGCAGCCGAAGGAAUGCUUUCCAGGGGGUUGUCUACUCAGCCAACCAGUGCAAGGCUUUCAUAACCAUUUUAGUUGUCAUCGGUGCCUUCGUGAUUACCUGGGGACCUUACAUGGUAGUAAUUACAUCAGAGGCCCUUUGGGGAAAAAACAGUAUUUCCCCUGCCUUGGAGACAUUAGCUACAUGGUUGUCCUUUUCCAGUGCCAUUUGCCAUCCACUCAUUUAUGGACUGUGGAACAAGACGGUGCGCAAGGAACUACUAGGAAUGUGCUUUGGGGAUCGGUACUACCGUGAGUCCUUUGUGCAGCGGCAUCGGACGUCGAGGUUGUUCAGCAUUUCCAACAGGAUCACAGAUUUGGGACUAUCUCCUCAUCUCACGGCCCUCAUGGCAGGUGGGCGGCCAUUAGGAAACAGCAGCAGCACAGGAGACACAGGAUUCAGCUGCUCACAGGAUUCAGGAACAGAUACAAUGCUGCUUGAAGAUUAUAGCUCAGAUGGCACUCAUGCCCCACAUUGCAUCUGUCCUCCUCGAAGGAGGAGUUCGGUGACAUUUGAAGAUGAAGUAGAGCAAAUUAAAGGUGGGAUUAGGGAAGCUGCAAAGAAUUCUGUUCUUCAUGUGAAAGCUGAAGUCCAUAAAUCUCUGGACAGUUAUGCAUCCAGUUUAGCAAGAGCUAUUGAAGCUGAUGUGAAAAUCAGCUUGUUUGGGGAAGAUGCUUUACCAGGAGCUCUGUUCCCUGUGAGGACUCUGCCAGGAAGCACUAUGAACACACGGCGGGGUGUCAGGCCCCAUGCCAGCCAAAGACUCCACUUGCAGAGCAUCGAUGAAGGGAAUAUUUGACAGGAGCGAUGGAGUAAGAAAACAAAAUGAAACCACUAAGCAGGCCCUGCUACAGCUGUUAGUGUUUCAGCAGAACCAGGGUGUCUUGUUGGGAUGUUUUCAGUGGUUUUCUUCAGCCCUUGAAACCCAGCUGAAUUCUGGUACUUAAGAGUUUUACAGCAGUAUUAGUUUACUGUUUAGGGGUGCUAUUGACUCUUUUGUGCCAUGUCUUAAAUCUGUCACAUAGUGCCUAGAAAUGCAGAGUUUGGUUUCAUCCACUAGAUAAUAGUCUGUUGAAUCUUGAAUCCAUUAUUGGCCAAAGCUGAUACAGGAUGAAAAAGGAGAAAUCAUAGAAUUGUUAGGGUUGGAAGGGACCUCAAGGAUCAUCUAGUUCCAACCCCCCUGCCAUGGGCAGGGACACCUCAUAACUAGAUCAGGUUGCUCAGAGCCACAUCCAGCCUGGCCUUAAAAACCUUCAAGGAUAGGGCUUCCACCACCUCCCUGGGCAACCUGUGCCAGUGUCUCACCACCCUCAUGGGGAAGAACUUGUUCCUAACAUCCAGUCUGAAUCUACCCAUUUCUAGUUUUGUUCCAUUCCCCCUAGUCCUAUCAUUACCUGACACCCUAAAAAGUUCCUCACCAGCUUUUUUGUAGGCCCCCUUAAGACACUGGAAGGCCACAGU